AUGGGCAAUUAUCUUGCACGCAAGACUUGCUCUCCAGCUCUGGAUGAAGAUUCAGAGACUUGCAUCAGCAUGGAACAACCACAUUUGUCAGAGAAUCGUGGUUUAGUUUCAUCAAACAAACGAAAAAUGGUUUCAGACCAUGAAGCUCCCACUAAAAGGUUGAAGGUUUCUGAAGAAGAAAAACUCUCUGAAACCAACCCUAACAUCAUACAAACAGAGAAAUUCUCAAUUUCCUUUGACGGCGAGGGAUCUGAAAAUCCAGAAAAGGGAUCCAGAUGUUUGGUUACUGAGAAUGGAUCGACGUCUGCCAAAAGCAGAAACGUUUUUGAUCGCAAGUCUCUCACAGAAACGUCUAGGAUCUCAGAUGAAGGCUGUUUAUCCACAGACAUGCAGGCUCCAGUAAAAAGGGCCUCAAAGAGGUUAAUCGGCCUGGAUGGUGAGGGAUGUGGAAGUCCAGCAAAGAGACUCAGACUGUUAGCUUCUGAAAGUCCCUCGCCUUCAGCUAAAGAGCUAUUUGACGCAAAAUACGAGCAACAAAACCAACUCGGAAAGGGUGGCUGUGGAUCUGUUUAUGGUGGCUACCGCAGGGCAGACAAUUUGCCAGUGGCAGUCAAAUACAUACCGAAGGAAAAUGUCGUCUGGACCGAUACGAACGAGAAUGGCCAGCAGCUCUCUGUUGAGGUAGCCGUCAUGCUAAAACUUCAGAAAGAGGAAACCAGUUCGGUGGGGAAGUCAGCUCCAGUUUCCCUCCUGGACUGGUACGACUUAAACGAAGAACAGAUUCUGGUGUUGGAGAGACCAGUGCCUGCAGUGGACCUGUCACAGUUUAUCGAAAAUAACAAAGGGCCUCUACAGGAGAACCAGGCUAAAACUAUUGUAAAACAGCUGGUUGACGCUGUCAAACAUCUGGAGGACACCAACAUCUUCCACAGAGACAUCAAACCUCAAAAUAUUCUGAUUGAAACAGGAUCAGAAAUCCCUCAACUGCGAGUGAUUGACUUUGGACUGAGUUGUUUUACCGACAGAGAGUAUGAAGACGGCUGGUUCUACGGCACAGAGAAGCACGCCCCUCCUGAGUAUAUUUCUAAAAGCAUUUACGAGGCAGGACCAGCAACCGUGUGGCAGGUGGGGGUUGUUCUCUAUGAAAUGCUCCACGAAAGUUUGUUUGACUCUACAAAAUUUCUCAAAAAUGAACUCAAAAUCAGGACGGAUCUCUCUCCAGACUGUAAGAGACUCCUAAAGAGCUGCUUCACGAGAACCCCAUGGCGACGUCCCACCUUAAAGCAGCUCCAAAGUCACCCUUGGCUUUUAUAA